AAUAGCUCUUCACACAAGCGAUGCUAACACCAAUGUGGAAGACUGCACAGAACAGCCACACAGCAGGCUGUCAGGUCUCUGAGUUCAUGGCAAGGGCGAGUGCAUGUCUGUCUGUGUGUGCGUGACGGCUUUUCAUCCCCUUCCGAAUCACAGCUGUGAGAAGAUUGCGCCUUCCGAAUGUCUUCCUCUGGAAACCAUGGGGGCUGUGUUGUCCAGAGUAGGUCACUGUCCGGUUGUACCCUCCAGGGUGCCCCAUAACUCCUGGCAGCCUAUGAACAGCGCCCCCUACAGGGAAACCAAUGGCACUGGGAACAACUUGCAUUGUCCAGCCCUGCUCCCUGCUCCCUUGCUCACUCAGGAUGUGUAUAAGCCAGGUCUGGAUGAGGUGCUGAUCCCUUUAAUGCCAGAGAAGAAAGAAGUGGAGCGGGGCUAUGUGACUCCACAGCAGGUCUACAACCUUUUGAAUGCCGAGGCGGGGGAGCCUGCUCUGUUUGACCCAAACUACAUCCUCAUCUUGGACUGCCGUAGCGCAGAGAGGUACAAGGAGAGCCACCUGGUGACAGCCAGGGCGAGUGUGACAGUGAUGCAUCCCGAGCUGGGCUGUUUGAUCAGCUGUGUGAAGCUGCAGGAGUUCUCUAUCAUCUUACUGUAUGCAGAGGAGGGACAGAGUCCAGUGGGCAGUGAGGGAGCCAGGGCAGACUCUCCCACACUGCAGCGCUGCUUCUUCCAGCUGAGCGCUAUGGGGAUGGACCCCGUCAUCCUGCUGGGGGGGUACAGCGCCUUCCACCCGCUCUACCCCUUCCUGUGCACCCCCAACAUGGUCCUGCUGGAGCCCGAACGCCGCGCCCUCUCCAUCUACCCCUCGGAGAUCCUGGAGGGGGCGCUCUACCAGGGCUCCGCCUCCCAGGCCCAGGACUUCCGAAUCCUCAAGAACCUGUGCAUCACGCACGUGGUCAACGCCACGGCCGAGUGCCCGGACAGCUUUCCCAGCAUGCUGCGGUACCUGCGGCUGCGCCUGAGCGACGACGCGCAGCAGGACCUGAGCGAGGCGCUGCCCCUGGCGGCGCGCUUCAUCGCGGCGGCGCUGGAGGGCGGCGCGGGCCGGGUGCUGGUGCACUGCAGCCUGGGGAGGGGCCGCAGCUCCGUGCUCACGCUGGGCUUCCUCAUGGAGCACCGCCGCUGGUCGCUGCUGCACGCCUUCCGCUGGCUGAAGGAGCGACGCCCCUGCGUGGCGCCCAACGCCAGCUUCCUGCGCCAGCUCUGCGCCUACGAGGAGCGCCUCUUCGGCAGCCGGCUCACCGCCCCGGAGGACCUCCGUCUCUGAGGCCAGCGAGCAAGCUAGCGCGGGGAGAGACAGCGACUAGGGCGGGGCCGGGGGUCAGUCACACUCCAGCUCAGCCAAUUCAGGAAAUUAACUGCAAUUCCGAACGGGAAAAAUGCAAAAUUCCGCAGUAAGCAGAAGUGCACUUGACUCAGUCGACCGAGGGGUCGGCUGACUGCAGAUGCCCCAGCCCCCACAGAAUGAAGGGUAAAGUGUUGCACACAUCGCUGAAAAGGGACUGCAAGAAUAUGGUUAUACAUGAUGUCACAUGUUAGGUGCAAGGGCCGAUGUGAAAAUAUGAUAUGUAUGUCCCAGUAAAAGGGUCGUCACUGUAAUUUCUGCUAUGGGGAUUUUCUCAGCAAAUUAGUUGAAUUUAAGUAAGUUCAUUUCCUGAAUUGAGUGAACUGAAAUGCAGCUGACUCCAGCUUUUUUAGCUAAACAUGUCACUAGUGAAGAUGAAGCACUCCUAAAAAUAAUGGAGUGGACAGACAAAAGCCCGGAUUAAUAUUUCAAAUAUUAAAAUUUAAUUUCAAAAUACUUUACCCCUGCAGAGCUCUCUCUCUUUAGAUUUCUGGUCACCCUUCUCAUGGCUUUACCUACUUGAAAUUUUGGCGACCGUUUUCUCUCAUGAAAGAACUGUAUAUGUAUGUAUAUUUCCAAUAUAAAAUAUCAGGUUUUCAGAA